AUGUUCAACACAAACCUUACGCUUACCGUGCCAUCGCUCCUGGUCAUGGACGGUGGCACGCCCCGGACGCCGGAGAUCCUGAACUCGCUCAUGGCCAUGACAAGCCCGCUCGAGUACUCGUACCCAGUGAACACCUCACAGACAUCACUGAACGACAGCCAUUCCAAUAGCUCCGAUUCCCCGCUGGACUCGCCCGCCAGUCAGCACCAUCCGCACCACCAGCAGCAGUCCCACCAGCAGCUUUACCACCACCAAACUCGAAAGACGCCGAGCGUACAACAGACCCGGUCGCAGCUAAUAAAGGAAGGUGUUAAGCUGCUGAUACAGAACAAGCGGAAGCACAGCGGUGGAGAUUCGAGCGACGGAAACGAGUCCAGCACGCCGCUGCCGAAGGUAUCCCGGCGGCGCGAACCGUCCGGCACGGACCAGCGGGAAACGAGCGAUGACGACAUGGACUCCAAGUCGAGUCCUCGCUCGACUGUCGCCCUGACACCCGAGGACGAGGAUCGACGACGGCGACGUCGGGAGCGGAACAAAAUCGCCGCCACCAAGUGUCGUAUGAAGAAGCGCGAACGGACGGUCAACCUGAUCAACGAGUCGGAAACGCUCGACGCUCAGAACAAGGAGCUCAAGUCGCAGGUCAGCAAACUGGAGUCGGAACGCCGCAAGCUGCUCGAGGUACUGCAGGCACACGGCCCCAAGUGUGUCCACCAGAAGGGCUACCAACCGCUGCCGGCGCUCUCGAGCAUUACUAGCAGCAACCGGAACCUGAACGAUCUCGGCUAUCUCGAUCCGAAUGCCGGUGCCGAGCAGGGCGCAGCCGAGAUCAAAUACUCCGAGUGUUUGAAGACGGAAGAUGGCGGAAGCGCUCUGCAGAGCUUCGCCAAGCAAGACCCGGACGGGGUGCUGCUUCCACCCGGCUACUGCAAGCUAUCGCCCACGGAACCCAACAGCUUUCUGCUCGAGAACGCGACCGCAGAGUUGGCCACCACGGGUGAAACGAACGGAACCGGAACGGGUUUCCUGGCGCGAGGACAAAAGACGGCCUAUGCCGGCGUUUCGGUUUCUUCGUCUAGCUCAUCGAGCACAAGCAGCACCACGGUCAAUCAAACAACCGGCAAGAGCCGCGCGAAACCGGGACCGAAACCCCGCCAGAGCCGUGCCCAGAGCUCGGCGGCACCCAAGGUAACUUCCACGACCGUAUCCGCGACGCCGGUGACCACGAACGCAACCUCUCUGAGCAGCCUGCCGUACGUGAGCAAGGGCGGUAACCCGCUGAUGACGGCUUCCCUGAUGGCCACGACCCCUUCCUCGUCACCUGCAUCCCUUCCAUCGCCCGUGACGAUGUCCUCCUCCUGCUCGUCGGUCAGCGUAAGCAACCCGAUCCUUACGCUAACGGCGGCAGCCCACGAUACCGACUUCAUGCUGAAGAACGAGCUGAUCGACACGUCCAGUCCGUACACCACGGUCCAGAGUGCCGAUCGGUUCCUGUUCGACGCCACGCUCGAUCUGUACAACAACAACGCACACAGUCCCCUGACGGCCGGCCUAAACUGUGGCUCGACGCCUCAGCAACAGCAGCAGCAACAGCAGAACCACCAUCUGGCGCAGAACAAUGUCACGCUAAACAACAACAAUCCAAAUCUGGUGAACGAAAACGACAGACUCAACCAUCUCAGUGCGAUCAAGGACAACACUUCGAACACGCUACUCGAAUUCGGCGUCAGCUUCGACGCGCUGAAGCCGGCCACCGUAGAUUACCAGCAGCAGCAGCAGCAACAACAGCAGCACCAGGCCACCAACGACAUGAACCAUCACCACCACCACCAUCACCCGCAGCAGCAGCUCCAUGGAGCUACGAUGCUGGGAGGUGACCCUACGCUCUCGCAUCUACUGCAUCAGCAACAGCAACAUCAAAACCAUCAACAACAACAACAACACCAGCAUCAUCAGCAUCAGCAACACCUCCUUCAGCAGCAGCACCAGCUGCAACUCCACCAGCUCCAACAGCAGCAUCAACAGCACCAGCAGCAGCUCGUUAGCAACGCACUCGAUCUGCUGUGCCCGGUGGCGAACGAGUUCCUGCUGCUCCCCGAUGAGGAUCCGAGCGAGUUCACCGACCUGGACAGUGGUAUCACCGCGUACAACAGCAUCAACGGGUGCCUGGCGUGA